AUGGCUGCCGUUGCCAACGACAUACUCGGCCUCGUUGCCCGCCAGGCUGCCACUUCUGCCUCGUCUGCCAUUAACGAGGUGAUAUCUACAGCGACCUCAGCCUCGUCGACAUCAUCACCGACGCCCGACCGAACCUCGCAGGGCCCAGCUGGCCCUUCGCAGUCUGAAGGGAACGGAGGCGGCAGUGGAGGUGGCGGCGCCAGCUCCCCACUGCUGUUCUUCGUGGCGCUGGGCUUUGGCGUUGUGUUCACCAACCUCUGGAUCAUUGUUGGUGUGAAAUAUUGUUUCCGGUACAACGCUCGCAAUCGACAGAUGCGCCUGAACGAAGACGGCGAGCCCAUUACCCUCGAAAACAUGCCUCGCCCGCACCGCCGCCGUCGCGAGAAGAAAUUGAUGACGAUGGAGGAGGUGAACGAGAAGUUCCCCAUGAUGAAAUACAAGAGCUGGGUACUCGAGCGCGCUAAGGAAGGCUUGCCCACCGCAGGAGGCGUGUCGGCUCCUCCAAGUCGUGCGGGAAGUGUUCGAUCUGUUGAGGGUAUUGUUCCCGUUGUCGCUCCUGAGGAGCCUUCAAGGGACCGCAACCCGGCUGAUGUUCAGCCUGCUACCAAUGCUGCAGCGGUCACGAACGCUCCCGAUGAAAAGAAGGCUACCGUCACGAACGAUGUAGAUGGGAACGCCGGUCAGACUUCUGGCACCACUGCUCAACCAGCCGCUGCACCCCCACUGCAACGAGUUCACAGCGAGGACGACGACGAUGACGACGAGCAUAUCAAUGCUGCUGUGCCACCUGAACUGCUUGCCUCGAGCGGUGAUACGUGCGCCAUUUGCAUUGACAGCCUAGAAGAUGACGAUGAUGCCGACUACUACACGCCAAAGCCGCGCCCUCCGCCUGGUGAGGCUGAUCCCAACAACGCCAAUGCCAACGCACGUAUGAACAUGCCCAACGCACCCCCAGCUGCGUGGUAUAACCUGCGUGGAUCUCGUCUGGGAGGUUUCGGCGGCCGCAUCGGAGGGUUCAUGCCCAAUGAUUCGCGAAGCCGCAAUGCCCGCGGCAAUCGCAACCGUCGCCAAACGGGCCAGGAGGCUACAGCUGCGCCGAUUGCGGAAGUUGCUACCGCCACUCAGCCUCCCGUCACCGCUGAGGUGACUCGACCAGCUGCGGCUCCCGCCGCCUCAGGUGCGCGGCAGGGGUUCUCCAACUUGAGGUUCUGGAGGAGAAACAGAAACGGUGACAGCAAUAAUGCUGCGCCGAGCCAAGCUGAAGAGGUGACAGCUUCCGGCGAGGCUGUGACCCCGUCGCAGCUGGAGGCUGGUACACGUGCAGCGCCUGUGCCGAACACUGAAGUGGUGCGGUGA